CCGCGCGUGCUGAAGCUGCUCUUCCCGCACAACUCUUGCGGCGUGGUGAUGGGGCGAGGCGGCGAGUUCAUCCGGCAGCUCAUCACCGCCACCGGCGCCUCCGUCCGCAUCUCGCAGCCUUCCGAGAUGAUCGUGGCGACGCAGGAGCGCGUCGUGACGAUCUCGGGGAACGUCGCCGCCGUCGACGCCGCGCAAGACGCGAUCUUCCAGAGGAUG